UUGUGUUCGAAAGGCGGCGGUAAACAGUGGAACGUUAUUUUAUAAUCUUAAUAUUUUUAAUAGAAUAAAACAAUAGUAGAAUUCUAUAACAUAAACAUGAUUCCAAAAACAAUUAAUCCCGAUUUACAAAAAGAACGAAAUGCGGCAUCCUUUAAUUCGGAAGAUUUUGCUUUAUGGUUUCAUGGCGGCGAGGAAAAGUUGAAAUUCAAAACAAUGAUAGAAUCCUAUGUUUACGAUGAUAUGAAUGAGGAUUCGAAAAGAUUUCAAAAUUUAUCACACGAAGAUAUUUACACCACAACCAUUAAGGAUUUCAUAAGAUUGGCGAAAAAAUUACGCAAAUUACAGGAGGAACUUAAUCCUGGAGGAAAUGAAAUUUGGCCAACCGUGCUGAUAGAUCCCAUUUUGAGCGGGGCCAUUCCUGCGGGUAAUCCAUUCGCUGUACACUUUGCCAUGGUUGUCGAUUGUAUUCGAAAACAGGGUACCGACGAACAGUUCGAGAAGUUCGGCAAGCCGUCGCAAGAAUUACAGAUCAGUGGAGCCUAUGCCCAAACGGAAUUGGGCCAUGGAACCAAUCUGAGGGCUUUGGAGACUCGGGCCGAUUUUGAUCGUAAAACCGAUGAAUUUGUGUUGAAUACACCGACGCUAUCUUCGUACAAGUGGUGGCCUGGAGGAUUGGGUCAUUCCGCCACAUUUUGCAUUGUGGCGGCAAAUCUUUAUAUCGACGGCAACCCUAAGGGCGUGGCCAUGUUUUUGGUACCCCUGCGUGAUCGGGAGACCCACAUGCCCUUGCCGGGCAUAGACAUUGGUGACAUCGGCAAGAGAAUGGGUUUUGCUGGGGUCAACAACGGAUAUUUGGGUUUGAAAAAUGUUCGCAUACCGCGCACCAAUAUGUUGAUGCGCAAUGCCAAGGUCCAUAGAGAUGGUUCGUUUGAGGAGAGUCCUGCGGCUGUUUUGACCUAUUUCACAAUGGUCUAUGCUCGAUGCUUUAUUGUACGUAAUAUUGCCCUGAUGUUGUCGCAGUCGGCAACCAUAGCUACGCGUUACUCGGCCGUAAGGAGGCAAAGUCCCAUUAAUCCAAAACAACCUGAACCCCAAAUCAUGGACCAUGUUACCCAACAAAAGAAAUUAUUCCCGGAAAUUGCCAACAGUGUGGCCUAUAAACUGGCUUCGGAUAAAUUGUAUCAGUUGUACGAACAAACUUCUGAGGAGAUUAAGAGAGGUGAAUUUGGCAGUCUUCCAGAAAUGCAUGUGCUCUCCUGUGCCAUGAAGGUGUUGUGCUCCAAAACCACCAUGGCCGGGGCGGAAACUUUGCGUUUGGCCUGUGGUGGACAUGGCUAUUUGGCCUCCUCGAAUUUGGGUUAUUUGUAUGCGGAUGCUUCGGCUUCCUGUACCUAUGAGGGAGAGAACACAGUUCUGCUCUUACAGGUGGCUCGCUUUCUGAUGAAAUCCUACCGACAGGCCUUGGAGGGUAAACCCGUGCUACCCAGUGUCAACUAUUUGCAGGAGGCGGUGAGACAGAAAUAUGCACCCAAAUGGAUGGGGUCGUGGGAAAAUAUGGUAGAAAUAUUGCAAUUUACCGCUGCCAAUAAAACCCGUUUGGCCUAUGAAAACCUGACCGCCCGCCUUAAGGCAGGGCAAUCCACGGGUGAGGCCAACAACAAUACUGGUAUUGAAUUAUCGCAAGCGGCUGAGUUACACGGUGUGGCCUUUGUUACCAGGACAUUUUUGGAAGAGGUUACCGGCACCAAGGCCCAGCAACGCAAUAAGGCCCUCAAUAAAGUUUUGGAAAAUCUUUUAGAAUUAUUUUUACUUACCAAUGUCCUGCAAUAUAUGAACGAAAUUUUGAGGGUCAUUCAAAUUUCCGAUGGUGAGCUACGUGUCUUGCAGAGCCGUUUGGAAAAUGUUCUGAAGGCUCUGCGCCCCGAUGCAGUGGCAAUUUGUGAUGGCUUUGAUCAUCAUGAUCAAAAUUUGAGAUCCACUUUGGGUUCCUAUGAUGGCAAUGUCUAUGAGCGUAUCUUUGCCGAGGCCAAAGAGGGUCCGUUGAACAAGAAACCAGUGCCGGAUGUAAUUUUUAGUCACAUGAAGCCCUUCAUCCAAUCAAAAUUGUAAAAUAAAGAUGUAAUUUUUAAUAAAAAAAAAAUAAAAUUAAAA